CAAAGAUAGAAAUAAAAUUAAAAAUUAUAUUGAGAGAGAAGAGAGAAGCGUAAAAAUUCGGUUGUAAAUGGUUGUAAAAGACAAAUCUUGAGCUUCCAGAAAUUUUUCUUACUUUGCAGCCAAUCGAGAGGUUAGAUGUGUUUUACGACAAAUGAGUGCAAUGAUAGGGGAAGUGAGAUGAAUGGGAUGAAUAGGAUGAAUGAAGAGAGAAAACAGCUUUCCUUGCAUUUCAUUAUUCUAUAAUUACGCGGUAAUGUUCGAUGUGUCGCGUGUUCACACGAAAGAAUAUAUGAAAAUUAAAGGGACAUAUAACGUUUUUUCCGAUAAGCUUCUGUUUGUGUGAAUGCGUAUUCUUCUCCUCUUGCGUUUAUUUCGAUUGCCGGCUCAAAAACAGCGCGAUGGACAUACGUAACCUAGUUUGAGGCACAUUAGAGCCUUUUACUAAAUAUAUUUCUUAAUAAAUAUUGGACAUUGAAGUGUUACACGAUCUAUAAAUAUAUGUAAAUGUUAUACAUGCGCAUGUGACAGCGCAAACGACAAUAUGAAGAUAAGCGUUGACGGAUUGAUUGUGUAUUUCCCGUAUGAUUAUAUUUAUCCCGAGCAGUAUGCGUACAUGCUCGAGCUCAAGCGUGGCCUGGAUGCCAAGGGACACUGUCUCCUGGAGAUGCCUUCAGGCACUGGCAAAACGAUAACUUUGUUGUCACUUAUUGUGGCAUACAUGCUGGAGCAUCCGUUGGAUGUGACAAAAUUAAUUUAUUGUUCCCGGACAGUGCCGGAGAUAGAAAAAGUUAUAGAGGAGCUGAAGAAGCUUAUAGACUAUUAUGAGAAAGAAACGGAAAGCAAGCCAAAAAUUGUCGGUCUAGUUCUUAGUUCGCGUAAGAAUAUGUGCAUUCAUCCCGAGGUCAGUCGAGAGCGAGAAGGUAAAAUUGUGGAUGGCCGUUGUCACUCUCUCACCGCGUCAUACGUACGAGAGAGACAUAAUUACGACGAAUCUACUCCAAUUUGUAAUUUUUAUGAAGGGUUUGAUAUGGAGGGCAAGGAACAAAUUAUCCCUCCCGGUAUUUAUUCCAUCGACGAUUUGAAAGAAUACGGGAAAGAUAGAAGCUGGUGCCCGUACUUCCUCGCGAGAUUUACAAUCUUACAUGCACAGAUUGUAGUGUACAGUUAUCAUUAUUUAUUGGAUCCAAAGAUCGCCGAGACUGUAUCCAAGGAGUUAAGCAAGAGCUCAGUAGUUAUCUUUGAUGAAGCUCAUAACAUUGAUAAUGUCUGCAUCGAUUCCAUGAGCGUUAAGAUAAAUAGGAAGACAAUGGAGAGAAGUUCGACUAACAUACAACUUUUAGAAAAAACUGUGGCUGAGAUGAGAGAAGUCGAUGUAAAUAAAUUGAGGGAAGAGUACGACAGAUUGGUUGAGGGACUGAAGGAUGCUCAAUUCCAGAGAGAAACUGACGUCAUCUUAGCCAACCCUAUUUUACCGAAUGAAAUACUUGAAGAAGUUGUACCGGGUAACAUAAGAAACGCCGAGCAUUUCGUCAGCUUCCUGAAACGAUUCGUCGAAUACUUGAAAACUCGCUUACGCGUUCAACACGUCGUGCAAGAGUCACCUGCGGCGUUUUUAAGAGAUAUCCAAGCGAAGGUUGCUAUCGAGCGGAAACCAUUGCGAUUUUGUGCGCAAAGAUUAGCGUCCCUCUUACGCACUAUGGAGAUAACAGAUUUAACGGAUUUUUCUCCGAUAAUCCUUGUGACGCACCUUGCGACAUUGGUCUCCACAUACACGCAUGGCUUCACGAUUAUAGUGGAACCAUUCGAUGACAAAACCCCGACAGUAUUGAAUCCGAUUUUACAUUUUAGCUGUCUAGAUUCUUCUAUCGCUAUCAAGCCCAUAUUCGAUAGAUUUCAAACCGUGAUAAUCACUUCUGGAACAUUAUCCCCGUUGGAUAUGUAUCCCAAAAUUUUAAACUUUCAUCCAGUCAUAAUGUCAUCGUUUACAAUGACAUUGGCUAGGCCGUGUCUUUUACCUAUGAUCGUUGCCAAAGGUAACGAUCAAGUUACCAUUUCGUCGAAAUACGAGACACGAGAGGACGUUGCUGUUAUAAGAAACUACGGUCAAUUGUUGGUCGAAUUCUCUGCGACAGUGCCUGACGGCUUAGUCUGCUUUUUUACAUCAUAUUUAUAUAUGGAGUCCGUAGUGGCCGCUUGGUACGAUCAAGGAGUCGUGGAUCAACUUCAGAGACAUAAAUUAUUAUUCAUCGAAACGCAGGAUUCGGCGGAAACCAGUCUAGCUCUGAUCAAUUAUAUAAAAGCUUGCGAGAACGGUAGAGGAGCCGUUCUACUCUCGGUAGCUCGCGGAAAGGUGUCCGAAGGUGUCGACUUUGAUCAUCAUUUGGGCAGAGCCGUGCUGAUGUUCGGCAUACCUUACGUGUACACACAGUCACGUAUCUUGAAGGCGCGUUUAGAGUAUCUCAGAGAUCAGUUUCAGAUCCGAGAGAAUGAUUUCUUAACUUUCGACGCCAUGAGACAUGCCGCACAGUGCGUAGGACGUGCGAUCAGAGGGAAAACGGAUUAUGGUAUCAUGGUGUUUGCAGAUAAGAGAUUUUCAAGAAUAGAUAAACGAAGCAAACUACCAAAAUGGAUACAGGAACAUUUGACUGAUAACUUAUGCAACUUGUCAACCGAAGAAGCUAUACAGAUCAGUAAAAGAUGGUUACGACAAAUGGCACAGCCAUUUACGCGCGAGGACCAGCUUGGAUUGUCAUUAUUGACGAGAGAACAACUUGAGAAAGAAGAGGCUGCCAAGAUCGAACAAAAAGCUCAGCAAAAUUGAUAGCGCGACAUUGGCACUAGGCCGAGCAGUCCGUUUUACUUAGGCAGAGUAAUCUGUGCCAUUUACAGAAAAUAUAUUUCAUAUGCUGCUUGUACAAAGGCCUUCAUAAUUUGUACUUUUGAUCGCAUCUGUAUUGUACAAGGAAUGUAAAAUAUAAGAUAUACUUUUUUCCAAUA